GUGUGUGUGUGUGUGUGUGUGUGUGUGUGUGUGAAAGAUAUUGAGAGGAGAUCACCAGUGAGCGCAGGGUGUUUGGGGAGCAGAGAGGAGGAUGAUGGGUUGACCUCUGGAAAGCAGCUCACCUACAAAUAAAAAAUAAACCCUGGAGAACAUGGAAGCUAGAAAGGUCCUCCAUUUUGUGCCAUCUGACGCUCCAUCCACCGGGAGGUCCAAGAAUGGAUAUGUUUUCCAGGAAAUGGAGCUGCAGGAUGGGGAACAGGACUGUAGGCAAGAUUCACCCGUCAAGGAUCACAUCUACGACAACGAGAUCCAGAUCAGUGUUCCAGAUCCUGAAUGUCCUGGGUUUGGGCUUCUGAACACGACAAGAAAAUAUGUGAAGCCAAUGAACUUCCAGGAGGAAGUGCGCGCCCACAGAGACCUGGACAGCUUCCUGGCCCAGGCGAGCAUCCUUUUGGAUGAGAAAGCUGCCACUCUGGAUGAGGUCCUGAAGCAAAUGUUAACUAACGUGGUGGGCGAGGGCCACGAGAACUGCGAUGUGAAUGAGGUCAUGAACUCGCUGUUCACUGACGCUGGCGGGAAGGAGUUUAAUGUUCACCUUCUGUCAGAGACCAUCCAGGGUGUCACUGCUACUUCCACUGGCAUUCGUUACCAGCAGUCCUGGCUCUGUAUUCUCUCCAGUGUGAGGAGCCUGCAGCGACGUCACAUUUGCAUCGCUCGCCUGGAGAGGCCACAGAACUGGGGCGUCAACUGCUGCGAGGCUCGUUAUGUCAUCCUCAUCCUGGCCCCCCCUCGAACGAAAAGCACCAAGACGGCCAUUGAGCUCGGUAGAACAUUUGCCACGAUGUUCUCCGACAUUUCCUUCAGACAGAAGCUUCUGGAGGCCAAGACCCAGGAGGAGUUCAAACAGGAGCUGGUCUACCAGCGACAGCAGCUCUCCAUCGUCACUGAGAAGCCGGUCGUGGAGGAAGUGGAGGACUCAGAUCCACGUAAAGGGAAAGCACUUAAGUGCAAAGACUUCUUUAAGGUUGGUAAAGGUGUUUACGAUGACCUCCGUCGCAGACUCCCCCUCUACCCCUCAGACUUCACAGACGGUAUAACAGGGAAGGACCGCUGUCUGCUGAAGUACACUACUACUGCUAUUUUCCUCUACAUUGCCAUUCUGUUGCCCGCCAUCGCCUUCGGCUCACUGAAUGAUGAAAGCACACGAGGAGAGAUAGAUGUUCAGAAGACCAUUGUCGGUCAGAGCAUUGGAGGAGUGAUCUAUUCUUUGUUUGCUGGCUCACCUCUUGUCAUUCCACUGACCACUGCGCCUCUGGCCAUCUUCAUAAGCGUAAUCAGGGGAAUCUGUGACGACUACGACCUGGACUUUGAUGCUUUCUACGCCUGCAUCGGUUUAUGGAACAGUCUGUUCCUCAUCCUCGGAGGCCUAUUCAACGUCAGCCUGUUUAUGAAGCUCUUCAAACGCUCAACAGAAGAAGUCAUUGCUUUGUUCAUCUCCAUAGCAUUUGUCGGGGAUGCAGUGAAAGGCACCGUCAAAAUUUUUCACUACUUCUACCACGGGCCCGUACUGGCGACCACAAACAGCACGGUGGUGCUUCAGCAGAUUGCUGAGCUUCUAGAGAAGGCAAACAACCAGACAGGAAACAUGCUCAGGCAUCAAAAUGAGACCGUGUCGCUGAUGGAGCACGCAGAGGGACACGUGUCAAUCUUCCUGCCUGAGUCUCUGGUGGUGACCACGAGAGAGAGGCCCAUCCUCUGUCUGCUGCUCAUGUUGGGGACUCUAUGGCUUGGCUACGCCCUCUACCUCAUCAAGAGGAGCCCGUACCUGAAUGACAAAAUCAGAGAGGUUGUGUCUGACUGCGCUCUGCCGAUCUCUGUGGUGAUAUUCUCCUUCAUUGGCUCCUACCUCUUCCUCGACAUAGAGCUUCCUAUGUUCAGUGUCCACGAUGGCCCCAUCUUCAACUUCCCUCCAUUUGAUAAGCUGUCAGGAAUGAACACACUGAGCACGGUCGGGCUGGGGUUCCUCCUCGCGUUGCUCAUCUUCAUCGACCAGAACAUCGUCAUCUCACUCACACAUGUACCAGAACACAAGUUGCUAAAAGGCACAACGUUCCACUGGGACUUAAUGCUGACUGGCUUCAUCAACAUCCUCAUGUCCUGUCUGGGGUUGCCAUGGAUGCACGCAGCCUUCCCACAUUCCUCCCUGCACGCCCGUCAGCUGGCCAAAGUGGAACAGCACGUAGAGAAUGGACACCUCUACACGACUAUUGUCAGUGUGAAGGAGACACGUCUGACCUCACUGGCAGCCAACAUCCUGAUCGGCUUGUCUGCGUUCAUGCUGCCCAUCCCUCUGCAGUGGAUCCCCAAGCCCGUCCUCUACGGCCUCUUCCUCUACAUCGCAGCCACUUCGCUUGAUGGGAACCAGAUGGUGGACCGCAUGUGCCUGCUUCUGAAGGAACAGACCUCUUAUCCUCCCACACACUACAUCCGCCGCGUGCCUCAGAGGAAGGUCCACUACUUCACAGCGGUGCAGAUGAUCCAGCUGAUCAUCCUGUGUGCGUUUGGGAUGUAUCCUCUGCCCUACAUGAAGAUGGUCUUCCCCCUUCUGAUGAUCCUGCUGGUGCCUGUCAGGAUCAGCCUGCUUCCCCGAAUGAUCGACGCCAAGUAUCUGGACAUCAUGGACUCCCAGCACAUGUAGAGCAACAGAGCAGAUGCUAUGACAGGAUUCACUUUCUCCAGCUGGAAGGGAAAGAGACUGAGAACUUGAUGAUUGUGUUGAUAACUAAAUGCAUUUGGACUGCAGGAUUUGGAUGCGAGCACUUGGGCUGGCGACUGGACGACGAUUUACACCCCUCGCUCUCAUUGUUCAUCACACAUUUACCAUCAGAGUAGCUGAGAGUUUAAUAUCUAACAUUCCUGCAUCUUUCUACUGUUUUUUUUCCACUAACACAUACAUCCACACUGAGCUGGUAACUGAUGGAGUUCAUGUCAGACGUUAUUGUGUUAUAAAAAAAACAACGUAAUAAUUUCCUUUAAUUUAGGCGUCAUGUUGUUUAAUAAAGAGCUGCUUGGUCUAUUUGUGUAUAAAUGUGAUGUGACAGAGGGGAUUUCAGUGUUCUCCAUGAUCAUUUCACAAAGCGAGACAGGAUUUCUCACUGUUGAAAACCCGCAGAGCGAAGUGUCACCUCACACCGAUAAAGUUUUAAUCAGCCACACUGAAACCAGUUAUCUCAGGAUAUGUGUUCCGGUUGUUUAGAUGUUAAAAAUGGCUAUUUUUAUUUGUGAGGAGACGCAUAAGAUGAUGUAUGUUAGUAUAAAGCUAAUUUUAUCUGUGCAAUGUAAUGUUUGGAUUUAAUCAAACUGUUGUUACACAAAUAAUAAAGCCCUGUAAAGGAA